GUCACACAAAGAGUCUAAUUGUUUAAUUUGCUUGUUGAUUUUUUUUUCGAUUGUAUAAAAACAAACUACACAUGAUUCCAAUAUUAGCGUUUCAAUUUUUAAUUUGAAAUGUCUCUCUACCAACAAUACAAAACGUAACAAAAGCUUUUCGGGUUCCAACCUAGUAUCAAUUCAUCGAUCUUCAUUCAUGAUGACGCUGUAUUUAUAAUUUCGUUAAAACAAAAAUGCGUCAAAUGUACACUAAGGAUUUUCAAAAAUUUCAUUUACAGUCAAAUCAACCAGUGUCACCUUACACUAACAACUCACACACUCUUUAUCAAAAUAAUAACAAAUCGACUCAUUGGCCUUAUCAAGAGAAUCAAAACUUUUUUUCUUCUACAAUGUAUGCGCACCCUUUAAAAACAGCGUCACACGAGUAUAACAACGUAAGGCCAUGCCUAUCUGAAACUGAACAGACUCAUCGUCAAGUUCAACAGUGCCCGUCGACUGUUCCCACUCACACCUUACUUUUUCAAGAGAAUGCUAAUUGGAAUCAUUUGGAUAAAGAAAAAAAGAGGAUUCAUCAAGAACUUUCCUAUACAAACGAAUCCAUAACGAAAAAUAUAGUUCCAGCUAAUGACAUUUUACAUCCAAAUCUUCAAUUCACUCGUCGUCAUGAAAAUGUGAAAAGCGCAAUCGAUUUUUCAAAAGACAAAAGACGUCAACUAGACCAUUGUAACAACAAUUUUCAAAAAGACGUGACUCAACACUCUUCCCAUUGUUUAAAAAAAAGAAAGCUUCCGCGCGUUCUUUCACAGUCCCCUACCACUUCUUCCAAGCAGUCUUCUUUGACUUUUUCAAAAACGAAUGACUUUAGACCCUUUUUAAAUGCCAAGGUUUCGAAAGUGUUCGAAGAUUCUACCAUAGGUGAUUCUGAACAAUGUCAUCAGUUGUUAGGGAUAUCUGAAGAGGAUUGGAAUCAAAUACAAACUGUUGAAGCAUUAUUAGAAAAAGAACGAAAUACGGCUCUCGUUCAACAUUUACUAGACGAACUUUAUAAAAAUCAACAGGGGCCGACCAAACCAAUUGAUCGAAUUCUCAUUUCAUUAUUUCAAAAUUACUUAUCAAAUCAUUCAGAAAAAUUUAGCGGCAGUACCUUUGAAACUGUACGUGAAUGGGAUCAUCACACCUCUUCAUCUCAACCUCAACUUGUGAAUGAUGCACCUUUAAUAGAUCCUUACCAGUCAAGUCCGCGUCCAACUGAAUUACAGUUUAAUCAUACGAAUUCUCAUACCACUUAUGAGUGCCUUAAUGGCCCAUCUGAGUCUUGCACUCUUCAAGGCUUCACACUACCCUACUCAACUCGUAACAACCUAUCCCCAACCCUUCCUUGUUUCAAUUCUUCUAUAAAAGCUUCCAUCCAUUCGCGUCAGAUCCUCGAUAACGCUGUAUCAAAUGAUCAUAAGAUACACAAUGCCGUUCAGUCCCAAAAGGCCUCUUCGACGCCUCACUGUUUUUCCGAAAAAGGUUUCUUGUCCCGAGUGUCCCAAAAUACCUCUUCGGUGUCUCAUUGCUUUUCCGAAAAGGAUUUCUCGUCCCGAGUGCCCCAAAAAGGCGUGGGCAAAAUACUGGGCAGUAGCCCUUUCUCAUUACCUUCUUCUGACUUCUGCCACGACCAGUUAACAGAUGGUUUCAGUCAAUCUCCGUUCCAUAAUGCGACAUCGCUUUCAAUUCAUUCCGCCACCAAGCCAUUGGAAUGUCAUCGACAUUCGGACAAUCCCUUAAAACAUUCAUCCUUGAAUGAUUCCAGUAAAUCAAAGAAUCCAACGAAAACAGGCGAAACCUUAUUAAAAAAAUCUUGUCCUAUUGUUCACGAAAAAAUUUAUCUGUUCCAUACCUUUGGCAAUAUGCUGAGAAACCGUUUUAAAUCAUGUCUCAAUCAUAACAACCAUCCUACUCUGUCUUAUUUAAACAACUCUCUAUCUUUGUUAAGCCCGAAUGACAUUCAGCUUUUCAGUUCGGCCUCGCCACCUGUGUCUUUUACUGUUAACAAUUUAGGUGAUAUUCAUCCUAAUCAAAUAAACUAUCGACUGCUUCCUAAAUGUAUAGUCCUUGAACAGCUUUUUCUUACUCCUCAGUUAUAUGCCCGUUUCACACCAAACGCACAGUGCUAUCGUGUGGCUGAUGCCAGUGGAUCUUUAAUAUUCUGCAUUAUUGAUGCAACGCUUACUAACCAAUCAAAAAAAAAUAGCUUCACUAACCUUUUUAUAACAUCCCAAUUCCAACAUUCACUUGAGCCUAGUACUAUCAUUCAAGUUAGUGAUGCAAAGUUACAAUGGGUCGAGGAAAGAAUGAUAUUGUCUGUUCAUUCGCCAGACUCUGUCUCUAUUAAGAAACCUACUCCAUUUCCAUUCUCCAGAGACCCGGAUAUGAGUACUUUUUACGAUCACGCAACAAAAUAGAUCUUAAAAUACUAGGUUCGCUCAAGCCCAAGACUAUCUUCACUGUCACGAUUAAAAUAAAACGAAUACAUCCGCAAACAGUCAAUAAACAAUCAAAAAAGUUUUUAAAAAAAUGAUUUUGAAAAAAAAACUUUACGAAAAAGAUUGUAUUUUCUUUUUUUCUAAUAAUUGACUCGCCACCUUCCAUAAAUAAG